UCUAUUAUACUGCCACAGUCUCCUUGAGAAUGAAGGACGUCUUUUUCUAGCAUUGCAUGGUGCGCUGUCAGGACUGAGUGGGCCCAGGGAAGCUGCAGUAAAUGUAGUUAGAGUUGGAGCUUUCCUUGCCUCUGUUUUACCAUUUAUGAGGGACUUCCUUCAUCUGCCUGCCAUUCAUUCCUUUGUCUCAGCAGCAUGCUUUUAAGUUGAACAUUUUUCCAGUUCAGAAUGCUGGAAGUCAGGCUGUGCCUGUGAAGAGUGAGGUACAACUAACAUUUCAGCUGUCAUCACACAAAAGAAGCCAGAAGAUUAACAUCCCGCUGCUCAGUGAGGUGUGGUGAGGGGUUUAAUCUCCAAGAUGGUGGCCCUCUCAUUGAAGAUCUGUGUUCGCCAAUGCAAUGUCAUCAAGACCAUGCAGUUCGAGCCCUCCACAGUGGUGUACGACGCAUGCCGCAUUAUACGGGAGCGUGUUCCAGAGGCGCAGAUCGGGCAAGCCUCUGAUUAUGGUUUGUUCCUGUCGGAUGAAGAUCCGAGGAAGGGGAUUUGGCUGGAAUCUGGUCGGACAUUGGAUUAUUACAUGCUUCGUAAUGGGGAUGUUCUGGAGUACAAGAAAAAGCAAAGGCCUCAGAAAGUGAGGAUGCUUGAUGGAGCUGUGAAGACAGUCAUGAUUGAUGACUCCAAAACUGUUGGUGAACUUCUCGUACCUAUCUGCAGUAGAAUAGGCAUCACCAACUAUGAAGAAUAUUCAUUGAUCCAAGACAUUAUUGAAGAGAAAAAAGAUGAAGGGACUGGCACGCUGAAGAAAGAUCGAACCUUAUUACGGGAUGAAAAGAAGAUGGAGAAGUUGAAAGCAAAGCUGCACACGGAUGAUGACUUGAACUGGUUGGACCACAGUCGGACGUUCCGGGAACAAGGUGUGGAUGAAAAUGAAACCCUGCUGCUGAGGCGCAAGUUCUUCUAUUCCGAUCAGAAUGUGGACUCCCGAGACCCGGUGCAGCUUAACCUGCUCUAUGUUCAGGCACGGGAUGAUAUUCUGAAUGGGUCACACCCAGUUUCCUUUGAGAAAGCCUGUGAGUUUGGUGGCAUUCAGGCCCACAUCCAGUUUGGGGCCCACGUCGAGCACAAGCACAAGGCUGGAUUUCUGGAUCUGAAGGAGUUUCUGCCCAAGGAAUACAUCAAGCAGAGAAAUGCAGAGAAAAGGAUAUUUCAGGAACACAAAAACUGCGGGGAAAUGACUGAAAUUGAAGCGAAAGUGAAAUACGUUAAGCUGGCCCGCUCACUGCGAACCUACGGGGUGUCGUUCUUUUUGGUGAAGGAGAAGAUGAAGGGGAAAAACAAAUUGGUGCCUCGACUACUGGGCGUCACCAAAGAUUCAGUGAUGCGAGUGGAUGAAAAGAGCAAGGAAGUGAUGCAGGAGUGGCCUCUGACUACAGUCAAGCGUUGGGCUGCUUCUCCAAAGAGUUUUACUCUGGAUUUUGGAGAGUACCAGGAAAGUUACUACUCUGUUCAGACAACUGAGGGGGAGCAAAUCUCACAGCUGAUUGCUGGAUAUAUCGACAUCAUCCUGAAGAAGAAACAAAGUAAAGACCGGUUUGGACUGGAAGGGGAUGAAGAGUCGACCAUGUUGGAAGAAUCAGUGUCUCCUAAAAAAUCCACGAUUCUGCAGCAACAGUUUAACAAGACAGGCAAGAUAGAGCAUGCAUCUGUGGCAUUGCCAGCUGUGAUGAGGCCCGGAGCAGGUGGGCCAGAGAACUUCAACACAGGCACCAUGCCAGCUCCGCAACAACAGAUCCUGAGUGGACAGAUGCACCGGGGCCAUAUGCCACCACUGACAUCAGCACAGCAAGCAUUAAUGGGAACCAUUAACUCAAGUAUGCAGGCCGUUCAGCAAGCCCAGUCUGACUUAACUGAGGUAGAUAACUUGCCCCCGCUGGGGCAGGACAUGGCAUCCAAGGUGUGGGUUCAGAAUAAGGUGGAUGAGUCAAAACACGAGAUUCACUCGCAGGUUGACGCCAUCACUGCAGGCACAGCCUCAGUUGUCAAUCUCACAGCUGGAGAUCCUGCGGACACAGAUUACACUGCUGUCGGCUGUGCCAUCACGACCAUUUCCUCCAAUCUCACUGAAAUGUCCAAGGGAGUGAAGAUGCUGGCUGCCCUGAUGGAUGAUGAUGUUGGGAGUGGUCAGGAUCUUCUGCGAGCAGCGAGAACAUUGGCUGGUGCCGUGUCUGAUCUGCUCAAGGCAGUCGAGCCUUCGUCAGGAGAGCCCCGGCAGACUGUCCUGACGGCAGCUGGGAGCAUCGGGCAGGCGAGCGGCGACCUCCUCCGACACAUCGGAGAGAGUGAAACGGAUGAACGGUUUCAGGAUGUUCUGAUGAACCUGGCCAAGGCUGUGGCGAAUGCAGCCGCUAUGUUGGUGCUGAAGGCGAAGAACGUUGCCCAGGUGGCUGAGGACACAAUCCUGCAGAACCGGGUGAUCGCUGCUGCCACGCAGUGCGCCCUAUCCACCUCACAACUCGUCGCCUGUGCCAAGGUGGUCAGCCCAACAAUCAGCUCCCCCGUGUGUCAGGAGCAGCUGGUGGAGGCUGGGAAGCUGGUGGAUCGCUCUGUCGAGGGCUGCGUCAAGGCCUGCCAGGCUGCGACUGACGACGGGGAGCUGCUGAAGCAAGUCAGUGCCGCUGCGAGUGUGGUCAGCCAGGCCCUCAACGAUCUCCUCCAGCACGUCCGCCAGUAUGCCAGCAGGGGCGAGCCCAUUGGACGCUACGACCAGGCCACUGACACCAUCAUGACGGUUACCGAGAGCAUCUUCAGCUCCAUGGGUGAUGCAGGAGAGAUGGUUCGUCAGGCCCGGGUUCUGGCCCAGGCGACAUCCGACCUGGUGAAUGCGAUGAGAUCUGACGCAGAGGCUGAGAGUGAUGUGGAUAACUCGAAGAAGCUGCUGGCCGCUGCCAAGCUCCUGGCUGAUUCUACAGCGAGAAUGGUGGAAGCAGCAAAGGGUGCAGCUGCUAAUCCAGAGAACCAGGACCAACAGCAGAAGCUGCGGGAGGCAGCAGAGGGCCUACGGGUUGUCACCAAUUCAGCUGCUCAGAAUGCCAUCAAGAAGAAGUUAAUUAACCGACUGGAGAACGCAGCCAAGCAGGCAGCAGCCGCAGCAACGCAGACCAUCGCUGCGUCUCAGAAUGCAUCAUCAUCCAAUAAGAACACGGCUGCCCAGCAGCAACUGGUCCAGAGUUGUAAGGCGGUUGCUGAUCACAUCCCUCAGUUGGUGCAAGGAGUCCGAGGAAGUCAGGCUGACCCGGAGAACCUGACUGCCCAGCUUGCCCUGAUUAUCGCCAGUCAGAACUUCCUACAGCCCGGAAGUAAGAUGGUCUCCUCUGCAAAAGCCGCUGUGCCCACGGUGACAGACCAGGCCGCUGCCAUGCAGCUGGGGCAGUGUGCCAAAAACCUCGCCACCAGUCUGGCUGAGCUGAGGACAUCCGUUCAAAAGGCUCAGGAGGCCUGCGGGCCCAUGGAGAUCGACUCCGCAUUGCAGUCAGUACAGACGUUGAGGAACGAACUCCAGGAUGCCAAGAUGGCCGCAGUGGAUGGACAACUGAAACCGCUGCCUGGGGAAACGUUGGAAAAAUGUGCGCAGGAUUUGGGAAGUAUGUCCAAGGCCGUUGGCUCUUCGAUGGCCCAGCUUCUUACCUGUGCAGCUCAAGGCAAUGAACAUUAUACAGGCAUCGCUGCUCGAGAAACAGCACAGGCCCUCAAGGCGCUGGCUUCAGCUGCUCGUGGGGUCGCAGCGUCCACUGACAGCCCGCCCGCGCAGAGCUCCAUGCUGGACGCGGCACGUGACGUGAUGGAUGGGUCUGCCCUUCUGAUCCAGGAGGCCAAGCAGACGCUGGCUUCACCGGGAGACGCUGAGAGUCAGCAACGGCUGGCACAGGUGGCGAAGGCCGUGUCUCACUCUCUGAACAACUGUGUGAACUGUUUACCUGGGCAGAAGGAUGUGGACAUGGCUCUUAAAAGUAUCGGAGAGUCCAGCAAGAAGCUGCUGGUGGACUUGCUGCCGCCAAGCACCAAGAGCUUCCAGGAGGCGCAGAGUGAACUGAACCAAGCUGCAGCGGAUCUGAACCAGUCUGCGGGCGAGGUGGUCCACGCAUCCCGAGGAACCAGUCGGCAGCUGGCUGCCGCUUCCGGAAAGUUUAGUGAAGACUUUGACGAGUUCCUGGAUGCAGGGAUUGAAAUGGCUGGGCAGGCUCAGACAAAAGAGGGUCAGAUCCAGGUUGUUGGUAACUUGAAGAAUAUCUCAAUGGCUUCCAGCAAGCUGCUGCUCGCUGCCAAAUCGCUUUCUGUGGAUCCUGCAGCACCCAACGCCAAAAACCUCCUGGCAGCAGCUGCUCGGGCUGUUACAGAGAGCAUCAAUCAGUUAAUUACACUCUGCACGCAACAGGCUCCUGGACAGAAGGAGUGUGACAAUGCCCUUCGAGAGCUCGAGACUGCAAAAGGCAUGCUCGAUAACCCCAGCGACCCAGUCAGUGACCUUUCUUACUUUGACUGUAUUGAGAGUGUGAUGGAGAAUUCCAAGGUCCUUGGCGAAGCCAUGGCAGGGAUCUCCCAGAAGGCCAAGACCGGUGACCUUCCAGCAUUUGGAGACUCUGUUGGGAUCGCUUCGAAGGCAUUGUGCGGACUGACAGAAGCUGCAGCUCAGGCAGGCUACCUGGUUGGCAUAUCUGAUCCAAACAGCCAGGCUGGGCACCAGGGGCUGGUGGACCCCAUUCAGUUUGCCAGGGCCAACCAGGCGAUUCAGAUGGCUUGUCAGAACCUGGUGGAUCCGGCAAGCAGCCCAUCGCAGGUGCUGUCUGCUGCCACCAUCGUUGCCAAGCACACCUCCGCGCUGUGCAAUGCGUGUCGGAUCGCUUCCUCCAAAACCGCCAAUCCUGUAGCCAAGAGGCACUUUGUUCAGUCAGCGAAAGAAGUUGCCAACAGCACUGCCAACCUUGUGAAGACGAUCAAGGCUCUUGAUGGCGAUUUCUCUGAAGAAAACCGUGAAAAGUGCAGGUUGGCCACGACUCCUUUAAUUGAGGCUGUGGAAAAUUUGACAGCGUUUGCCUCAAACCCUGAGUUUGUCAGCAUCCCAGCACAGAUAGGAGCGGAGGGUGCCCAGGCUCAGGGACCGAUUCUUUCAGCUGCCCAAUCCAUGCUGGAGAGUUCAUCCUCCCUCAUCAAAAGUGCUCGGUCACUCGCCAUCAACCCAAAAGACCCCCCAACGUGGUCCAUCCUGGCGGGGCACUCUCGCACUGUGUCAGACUCCAUUAAGAGCCUCAUAACAUCCAUCAGGGACAAGGCUCCAGGCCAGAGAGAAUGUGACUGUUCAAUUGACAACAUCAACAAGUGUAUCCGGGAGAUCGAGCAAGCAUCCCUGGCAGCCGUCAGUCAGAACUUGCCAACAAGAGAUGACAUUUCAUUGGAGGCCUUGCAGGAGCAGAUGAGCUCAACGGUGCAGGAAAUAGGACACCUGAUUGACCCGAUAACCACGGCUGCUCGCGGGGAGGCUGCUCAGCUGGGCCACAAGGUCACCCAGCUGGCCAGUUACUUCGAGCCUUUGACUCUGGCCUCGGUCGGCGUGGCAUCCAAAGUGCUCGACCACCAGCAGCAGAUGACUGUGCUGGAUCAGACCAAGACCCUGGCAGAGUCUGCACUGCAGAUGCUCUACGCGGCCAAGGAAGGUGGCGGUAAUCCCAAGGCUUCACACACUCACGAUGCAAUUACAGAGGCGGCUCAGCUCAUGAAGGAGGCCGUGGAUGAUAUUAUGGUAACACUCAACGAAGCUGCCAGCGACAUUGGAAUGGUGGGCGGUAUGGUCGAUGCCAUUGCUGACGCAAUGAACAGAUUGGAUGAGGGCACCCCUCCUGAACCAGAGGGAACUUUUGUCGACUACCAGACCACAAUGGUGAAAUAUUCCAAGGCCAUCGCAGUUACCGCCCAGGAGAUGAUGUCCAAGUCGGUGACCAGUCCUGAGGAGCUUGGGGGCCUCGCUUCCCAAGUGACUACUGACUACAGCCACCUCGCUCACCAAGGGCGACUUGCAACAGCCACGGCUGACACUGAGGAGAUUGGAUUCCAGAUUAAGACGCGAGUUCAAGAUCUGGGUCACGGCUGUAUAUACCUGGUGCAGAAAGCAGGGGCUGUUCAGAUCAGCCCUAGUGAUAGUUUUACCAAGAGAGAGCUCAUCGAGUGUGCUCGUGCUGUGACAGAAAAGGUGUCCUUGGUCCUGUCUGCACUUCAGGCAGGCAACAGAGGCGCGCAGGCUUGUAUCACGGCUGCCAGUGCUGUGUCUGGCAUCAUCGCCGAUCUGGACACCACCAUCAUGUUUGCCACAGCCGGCACGCUCAACGCCGAAAAUGAUGAGUCCUUUGCAGACCACAGGGAGAACAUCCUGAAAACAGCAAAGGCCCUGGUUGAAGACACCAAGUUCCUGGUGUCUGGAGCAGCGUCAAGCCAGGAGAAACUAGCCCAAGCUGCCCAGUCCUCUGUCAGCACCAUUACCCAGCUGGCUGAAGUGGUGAAGCAGGGAGCUGCCAGCCUUGGCUCUGACGAUCCAGAAACACAGGUUGUACUGAUUAAUGCAGUGAAGGAUGUGGCUAAAGCGCUUACUGACCUCAUCAGUGCCACCAAGUGUGCAGCUGGGAAACCCGCUGACGACCCAUCGAUGUAUCAGCUGAAGGGCGCGGCCAAGGUAAUGGUCACAAACGUCACCUCCCUUCUGAAAACAGUGAAAGCGGUGGAGGAUGAAGCAACGCGAGGCACAAGGGCACUCGAGGGAACGAUAGAAAGCAUUAAACAAGAGCUGGCGGUUUUCCAAUCAAAAGAGGUGCCAGCCAAGACUCAUACCCCGGAAGAAUUCAUUCGAAUGACAAAAGGUAUCACAACCGCCACUGCCAAGGCAGUAGCUGCAGGGAACUCCUGUCGCCAGGAUGAAGUGAUAGCAACUGCCAACCUGAGUCGCAAGGCAAUUGUCGACAUGCUGACAGCUUGCAAGCAAGCGGCGUACCAUUCGGCAGUGAGUGAGGAUGUGCGAAGCCGGGCCCUGCAUUCAGCCACCGAAUGCAGCGUGGGAUACAUGGAACUGCUGGAGCACGUCCUUGCGGUUGUUCAGAAGCCCACAGCCGAGCAGAAGCUUCAGUUGUCCGCGUACUCGAAGCGCGUCGCAGCUGCCGUCACCGAACUGAUCCAGUCAGCCGAAGCCAUGAAAGGUCAGCAUGGGGUCGGGGUUGAGAGCUCCAGGUCCUGUGGCCUCCGCAAGCCAGGCAUAGAGUGGGUGGAUCCUGAAGAUCCGACGGUUAUUGCCGAGGCAGAGCUGCUGGGAGCAGCGGCGUCCAUCGAGGCUGCUGCCAAGAAGCUGGAGCAGCUGAAACCAAGGGCCAAGCCCAGGCAAGCAGAUGAGACCCUGGACUUUGAGGAGCAGAUUCUUGAAGCUGCUAAAUCGAUUGCGGCUGCCACCAGCGCGCUGGUGAAGUCUGCUUCUGCCGCUCAGCGGGAGCUGGUUGCCCAGGGAAAGGUGGGAGCUAUCCUUGCCAAUGCUGUGGAUGACGGCCAGUGGUCUCAAGGUCUCAUCUCUGCAGCCCGGAUGGUGGCUGCUGCAACAAGCAACCUGUGUGAGGCAGCCAACGCCUGUGUACAGGGUCACGCCAGCGAGGAGAAGCUCAUCUCAUCGGCCAAGCAGGUGGCCGCCUCGACCGCGCAGCUGCUGGUGGCCUGUAAGGUGAAGGCGGACUCGGACUCCGAGGCGAUGCAGCGGCUCCAGACAGCAGGGAAUGCUGUGAAGCGGGCGUCAGACAACCUCGUCAGAGCAGCUCAAAAGGCGGCGUUCGACAAACCCGAUGAGGAAAAUAUUGUCGUCAAGACACGAUUUGUGGGUGGAAUUGCUCAGAUCAUCGCUGCCCAGGAGGAAAUGCUGAGGAAGGAGAAAGAGCUGGAAGAAGCUCGAAAGAAACUCGCACAAAUCCGCCAACAACAGUACAAGUUCCUGCCUUCAGAGCUGCGUGAAGAAGAGAGCUAAAUGAUGGACACUGUCAACCAAACACAUGUUGUAUCACAAGGAUCUCAAUACUUUCAGAAUUUGAGCCAUUGGGAACCUGAUGGUUUGUACACUGAGGAGAUGGAACAUUGCAUUACCUAGGAUUUAUCCAAUUAUAGAUUGUAGCCCAGAAUAUGGUAGUUUAGUAUUGACUUCCUGUACUCCCAAGGCUUGCAUGCACUAAAUACAAAUCAGGGAAGUCUACAGAGCAAGAUUAAUAUGGCCAGACCGCAUGUUAUAGUGUGCGGCAGAAAGCAAUUUGUGUACAGAAAGUGUUACUGAAGUGUGAGUCUGCCCUACUAGACUAAAGUAGGAAGACAGAAAAACUGUGGAUUCUCCAGGCAUUGAUAAAGAGAAGAGAUUGGCAGCUGAGCAGAGGAAUCUGUGCGUUACUGCGGAACUGAUCAAUGCUUUUUCACUACUGAUUGUCUGCCGAUCUGAGAGUGAUGCUUAGAAGUUAAUCUGCUUCCUCCAGGAACUGAGGCAGCCCACCUAAACGUUCCUGCAUUUACUUUGGCUGUUUUAUUCUAUGUUGUUCUAUGAUUCAGACGAUAUUCUAUGAUUCAAAUAGUUGAGAAGUGGUUUGUGCACAGUUCUGUUAUUUGCUCCCUUGAAUCCUGUUAUUCACUUUUCAGUAUCUGAUUUUGGAAAGCAAUUAAACUGUUCAAAGGAAUUCCACCCUGUGUUCCCAAAGCUACGCUCAGUAAAGAGUCUUAAACACAGGAAGCGUAGAAAAGCACCAUCCUUCAAGGAGACAAGAAAUCAUUACAAUUCCUUAUUCUUGGUCUGCUUUAAGGUGGUGGAUUCCCUAACAUGUUCAUCUGUCACCUGUUGUGUUUCCUGUAUUAGCUAGAGGGUUGCUCAUAGUGUGUCUUUGCUUAGUCUUUCUGUUGGCUGCAGUAUACUGUGCUAUAACUAGUAGGAGUUAACCCACUGAAAUCAACCACUGAAAUCCCCCAGCUGAAUGUAUGCCUGCUGUGCCCAUAUAAGUAGUGUUCCCAAAGUCUUAAUACAGGAGGGAUUCCCUUACCUCUACAACACGUCACUGCCCUCAACUCGCCUUGUAUGGUACAGUCAGCAAACUCCGUCUGCUGCUGCAAACAGAUUUUUUUUUAAUUUGGAAAUUGCAUUCCACAAGCCUGCAUCAAGAUUCAUUGUAAUUUUUCUGUAUGACAGCCCUGCGUCUCCCAGCUUGGGCCUGUCACCUGGAGCGUUGUCUGUAAACUGGUAUCGGAAAGUCAACAGACCCACUUGUUUUGAUAGGUAGCUGAGAAAUCCGAUUUAAAAGAAUAAACUUUAAUGUACUGAAAUUAUUCAAUUGAAUCUAAUAUUGGCCUGUAAUUUGAAUUGUUUUUAAGGUGCUCUGUCUGAAACAAAGUAAGAGGCAGACGCAAGGUAGACGUUUUUUUACAAGUUGUUGGCUUGCCAGCUUUGGUAUCAUCAGACUGUCAUUGAAGCAUCACAUAUAUAAAUCUACCGUGACAGAAUGUAUGUAACAUAAAGUGCUAAUUUAUCGGCCACAAAAACUAUUUUUUGUAUUCACGGAAAUAAAAGGUUUCAAAGGAAAUCAGGUGUUGUGGG